GUAAUGGAAGGUGCUUGGCGCGUUAAAUGCAUGCUCAUACACUCUAGCACUCUAGUCCUCACGUAACGUUAUGAAGUUGCUCUUUAUUCUAUGACGUUAUAUUGAGAGAGAUGUGGCAAAGUUACGACAUGUUCUGUCAUUCUACAACUUGUGAUUAAUCGAGGCUUUUUUCGUUGUAGGGGCAUGACUCACGAGUGGCGACCGCUCAUUACGCGAAGCUGCCUAUUUGAACUCGGGCAUGAAAACCCGUUCUCCCAUCUUCGUAUAGCGUCGUCGGAGUUUUUGGAAGAAAUAAACGAGCGCGGCGUUUGUCCGAAAUGUCACAAGUCGCGCAUGUACUUUUGCUACACGUGCCUUACUGCAGUCGACAGCAUUCGCGACAGAAUUCCAUACUUAAAGUUGCCCAUACAGAUUGCUAUUCUGAAGCAUGCUGGCGAAGUUGAUGGCAAAAGUACUGCAGCUCACUUAGCUGUCCUUGCUCCGGACCACGUGAAGAUGUACACAUUUCCCAAUAUCCCAGCUUUCGACCCAAGUGAUGUGUUGCUGCUUUUUCCUGGAGAGAAUGCCCAGCCCUUUGAGAAGCUGUGGGAGAGCAGGCAGAAUGGCCAGACAGCUGGCCCAUGUGUCAUUUGUGCAAAGGAGCAUUUCAACAUUCCUUGGAAGACGUUAAUAUUUAUCGACAGUACGUGGAAGCAGACCAAGAGGAUCUACCUUGACGCCAAGAUUAAAGGCCUCCCGUGCGCAGUGCUGGAGGGCGGCCGUUCGGCGUUCUGGCGCCCUCAGCGGGGCAAGCCGUCCAGCUGGCUGGCCACGGCCGAAGCCGUCCACCUGGCCAUCACUCGGUUGUUGGCAUUGCAGGGUUGCGCCGGACACGUUGACGACCUGCUGUUCUUCUUCAAGUUCUUCUAUGCCAAGAUACGGUCGCGCUACAGCCAGGAGUUGGGAGUGACGGAGUGAGCGCUCCCAGCGGGGCUCGAGCAGUCGGCAUCAGCGACGGAGCGGACGAUCGCUGCACGCUUGCCGGGUUGCGCACCCAGUGUUGGCAGCGCCCACGGGAAGGGCUGCGAGUUUUGCAAACUGCCGAAUCGACGUCGACGUAUGUAGCGAGUGUGAAAUUACAGCGGCCACGAAAACGAAAAAAAAAAAAUAAAAUAAAUAAUAAUAAUGGCGUCCAGCGCACAGCACUCACUGACGCUGACGAGCUCGGCUCGUGCACACGCAGCAAGCUUGCCUCCAUUUGGCUUUGAUUCGGUCGUGCGCCACACCCGUGCUACAUUGUUGUCUCGGAAAUGGUCAUGCGAUGUGGAGAGUAGCUCACGACUGGCAACCGAGAUCUCACGAGUCACGUCGUGCGCAAAUGGUUUGUGUAGCGGAGACAGCGGCCGAGGAAGGUGUUCUUACUGAGAAGUGCGAGACAUCUUCUUCGGCCGUCAAUCAAAUAAGAGUGACUCGUCAUCACUGUGGACGGAAAUAGCUCCUACUCGGCGAUUUCACUUUGGCGUUGUGCCUUUGGUUACAGGGGAACCUACUGCGGUAUUUUACUAGAGCUCAAGUGUUGGCACAGGAGCCUUGCAGUGAAGGGGUCAUGCAACUGUACCUUGAAUAUAGAAAAAAAAAAAAAAAAGAAGAGUGUGCCCAAUAAAACGUGGUUUUCCGA